CUCCCCUCCCCCCCGAGUGCCGCUCCGGCUGCACCGCGCUCGCUCAGAGCUCCCGGCUUCUGCUAAGGUAGUGCCGCCGUCGUCUCUCUCCAGCCGUCGUCAUGAUCAUCUACCGGGACCUCAUCAGCCACGAUGAGAUGUUCUCCGACAUCUACAAGAUCCGGGAGAUGGCGGAUGGGCUGUGCCUGGAGGUGGAGGGGAAGGAAACCAGCUUCACAAAAGAAGCCUACAAGAAGUACAUCAAAGAUUACAUGAAAUCAAUCAAAGGCAAACUUGAAGAACAGAGGCCAGAAAGAGUAAAGCCUUCUAUGACAGGGGCUGCAGAACAAAUCAAGCACAUCCUUGCUAAUUUCAAAAACUACCAGUUCUUUAUUGGUGAAAACAUGAAUCCAGAUGGCAUGGUUGCUCUGCUGGACUACCGUGAGGAUGGUGUGACCCCAUAUAUGAUUUUCUUUAACGAUGGUUUAGAAAUGGAGAGAUGUUAAUGAAUUGGGCCAUGACUUUGGAUGUGUCACCUGUUGCCGUAACGGGCUGCUCCUCUUCAUCCACACGACACCAGGACUUAGACAGAUGGGACUGAUGGCAUCUUGAGCUCUUCAUUUGUUUUGACCCUGAUUUAUUUGGAGCAGAGGCAUUGUUUUUAAGAAAAAAACAUGUCAUGUAGGUUGUCUAAAAAUAAAAUGCAUUUAAACUCAAAAAAAAAAAAAAAA